UCUCUCUAGCGCCCCCAAAAAACCUCAUUUCUACAACAAUGGCGGAACAAUCGCCACUCAAAUCUCUCUCCCUCCUCCUCUUCUUCCUCACUCUACUCGCCUCCACCGCAGAAUCUCGCCUAUCCACCGAUUUCUACUCAAAAUCAUGCCCUAGAUUCCUCGACAUAGUCCGCGACACAAUCACAAACAAACAAAUCACGAACCCAACCACCGCAGCCGCCGUAAUCCGCCUCUUCUUCCACGACUGUUUCCCCAACGGCUGCGACGCCUCCGUCCUCGUCUCCUCCACCGCCUUCAACUCCGCCGAACGCGACUCCUCAAUCAACCUCUCCCUCCCCGGCGACGGAUUCGACGUCAUCACCAGAGCCAAAACCGCUCUCGAGCUCGCUUGCCCAAACACCGUCUCUUGCUCCGACAUCAUCUCCGUCGCGACUCGCGACCUCCUCGUCACCGUCGGUGGUCCUUACUACUCCGUCUUCCUCGGCCGCCGCGACUCGCGAACCUCGAAAUCGUCUCUCGUCGACGAUCUCCUCCCUGUUCCGUCUUCUCCGAUCUCGAAGCUCAUUCACCAGUUCGAAUCCAGAGGAUUCUCCGUUCAGGAAAUGGUCGCUCUCAGUGGGGCCCAUUCCAUUGGAUUCUCGCAUUGCAAAGAGUUUGCGGGUCGGGUCGCCCGUAAUAACACCGGGUAUAACCCGAGAUUCGCGGACGCGUUGAGGAAAGCUUGUGCGAAUUACCCGAAAGACCCGACGAUAUCUGUCUUCAACGAUAUCAUGACUCCGAACAAAUUCGACAAUAUGUAUUUCCAGAAUAUCCCCAAAGGUCUCGGGGUACUCGAGUCGGAUCACGGGUUAUACUCCGACCCGAGAACCCGGCCUUUUGUUGAUCUUUACGCUAGAGAUCAAGAUCGAUUCUUUAAAGAUUUCGCUAGAGCUAUGCAGAAGCUGAGCCUUUACGGUGUACAGACUGGCCGACGGGGAGAGAUACGGCGAAGGUGCGAUGCGAUUAACUGAGUUUUUGGUUUCUUAUUUAUUUAUAUUUUUUUGGGAGGAAAAAUGUGAGAUUUGAGAUCGUGAAUGGUCUGAGUAAUUUGCUCAUGUUUUAAUGUAAUGGAAAACACACAUAUAAUAACCAUUAUGGUUUAUCGUUUUACUUUGGUACAAAAUGUAUUAACUUUUGUGACGAGAUUUGGAUAUGAAGUUCUGCAUUUGAGUGUUAAGAUGAUAA